AUGAUUUUGAAAUUCAGCCUUCUCAUUGUGUAAGUCAAAACAAUUUUUUGAAUAAAAAAUUAAUGAAUUAAGAUUGUUGAUUUCUAUGGUUUCUGCAAGAUCUGUAGAAUCAACAACUCCAAGAACUUCAAGAACAAAAAUGAGUGGUGAAGUGCAAACACGAACAACAACUGAUGAGGAAUACGGGCCAGUGUAUAGUAGUUAGUCACACAACUUAUGUAAUGAUUGAUAUAAUCUGAGUAUAUUUCAGUUACUGGUCAAACAACAAAAGCACCAAGUCUUUUGGAACUAACAAAGUCAACUAGAUCAAUAAAAUAA